UCUCCUUUCGAAGAGGUGGAGAAGCGCCUGGAAGCGAGAAGGCGAAAAUGGUCUAACGCUUCUUCCACAAGUGAGGACAGCCUGACCAACACCGCAACAGAGGACCCGAAGGUUCCGGCGGACAAAAAAGCGGGCGGAACCACUUCGCACCAACAUCGCUCGGUGUCUUUUCAGGACCAGGUCGUUUCGAAAGAUGGGUCUGUGAAUCAGACUCCGCAGUUGACGUCAUCGGAUCUGAGCGAAGAGCCUGGAGACGACGCCGAUGAGAUGGAGACCAACUACAAGAUAACUCUUGUUGAAAGAAGUGAGUCCCUAGACCAAGACUACCGGCGCGAUGUGUAUAAAAAAAAGGGUAAAUUUACUUUUGGUUUUAGGUCUGCGGGGGACGACGGAAGCAAGGCGAGUAAGAGAGUCACGUCCCCGACAAACGAUGAGCCACCACCAGCUAGUGUCGAAGGCGUGGACACCAGCCCUGCCGAGACGGCAUCUCCCGUGCACUGGUCGGGCAGGAUCAACCCUUUCGACGCGGAGGCUGAAAAGGAAAAAGCCGCCGGCAGCUUCGAGUUCGCGUCCAGUCUGGACGACGACGUGUUCGUGAAAGGGAUUAUAGACCUCGAUGACGUGUCGUCAACAAAGCACAAAAGCGACGACGCCUCGGUCGGUCGUGGGUCAGUACAAACCAUGGACAGCGAGCGGAUACGGCGAGAUCUCAUGACCGACCUCGAUUCGAAAACGUUCAAGGACUUCUCGAGGGCCAGCUCCACGUCGUUGGACGACACGGAGCCCGAGGUCGACCCCAGCGACUACAACGCCGACAACCGAAGCAGCUUGUCGGAGGUCGAGGAGAGGAUCAACAUUAAAACCCAGUUCAAGGGCGCGUACUACAACAUCGGAAGCACCGAGGACCUUCUCCAGGAUCUGGAGAAUGAACUGGCGGCGGAGAGAGCUAAGGCAAGCAAACUUACACCAAUAAACAGCAUAGACAAAGAGGACGGGCACGCACAGACAAAACUGCCCAGAUUAGUUAAGCCCUCCGAGGCAGUUUCCCGAGGCUCGGCGGAGGGUCAGCAGAAGAGAAAAGGUAAAGUUCUUAAGUAUGAGUCUCUAGAUUUAGAUAUCGAGCAGAGUAACCCAUUCUUUGAUGACGUUUACGGGGAGUAUGACCGAAGGAUCAAAGCAAAGCAAAGCUCCGUCGGUGCUGGUAGACGUAGCACUAGCGGUGUAGCAGGUGGCGGUGGUAGUGGUGGUAGUAGCUGUGGUAAUCCCUCUAGGACUAAACUCAGGAAGCCCAGGCAGCCAGAGACGAUCCCAGACGUGGUGUCUGUUUCGGCGGAUGAAACUGACCGACCGUCUGUCCAAGUCGGGGGUAUCGAGGACAGAAUACUAGAAAGACAAUUGGCGAUUCCGGAAAUAGAGCCCGUUUUGACAGAUACAGCUGACACGUCGACGGCCCAACCUGGUGAUAUUGAGAACAUGACGUUAGAAGGACCUACUGUGAUUCCGAAAAUAGAGCCUGUUACGACAGAUCCACCCGACAGUUCGACGGCCCAACCUGGAGAUAUAGAGAACAGAACGCAAGAGCAACCCCCCAUGGUCCCAUCAACAGAGCCUGUAUCAACAAGUGUACAUGACAAAUCAACAAUCCGAAAAGAAGUAAGUCAUGAGAUACAACUCGAGCAGCCAGUGGCGAUACUGGAGAGGGACCACGAUUCCACAGACGACAACGACCGCUCUAAACGGCUUGAUGGCGACACAGAAGUGUACCCCACCGAUCCAGGAUCAUCGCCAACCCAAGCUGUCAGCAUUUCAGUGAGUGGGUCAGGGGCAUCCUCAAACUCGAACUCGAUCCCGGAUCCAGACGGGCCCCCAAACCGUCAAUGCGAUGAGAACGGUCCUCAAGAAGCAGGUGAUAUCAUCUCAUGUCAUCAGCAUUUCCGGUUUGAGGUUUUACGUCAUAAGCACACACUGCUGCAUGUAAGGCAGCGCGUUUUAUUUAUAGCUCACCCUCACUUGAGUUUUCAAAACUAUUCAUCACCUUGAGCAUCUGCAUUCAUUUUUUGUAUUGCUUAUGAAUCAAUAAUGUAUUUUCUUUUCACCAGCUGUUGCACAUAAGUUAUUAAUAUUUUUGUAUUCAUUGAUUUUACUUUGACAUUGCUCUGGGUUUUGAGAUCAAUGACAUGCUGAGGGAUGGCUUUUCGCUGUUUUUUAUUUAUUUAUUUGUGGGGUUUUUUUUUGUUUUUUUUUUUUGGGGGGGGGGGGUAUUUUUUUUUAAUUUUUUUUUUUUUUGUUUUUUUUUGUUUUUUUUUUUUUUUUUUUUUUUUGGGGGGGGGUGUACUUUUAUUCAAAUAUGAACUGGAAAAUCAUCAAGAAUCCUGGUGUUUUGAAAUAAUUAAAUACUAUCAUUUAAUCAAUUCAUCUCACGGCUGAUUCAUUUUUAAAAGUUACAAACAAAAUCAUAUACAAUAUUUUUUAUUUUUUGUUUUAGAAAGGUUUGAUUCUGAACGAAGAUAUUUAAUCUGAAUUAGUUUUAUAAAUGUAAAUGAAAGCUAUUUAAAAAAAAAAAAAAAAAUUUCCUCAAUUAUUAUUGUGUCAAAACACUCUUAAAACUAUGGCAACCUUUUCUAAAGCUAUCAUGGUUUAUAAAAGAUGCACAACAUGAGUAUUUUUUUGUCCUUGUGUAAAUUCUGGUUUUACAGCAAUGUAGUGUGUAUAUAAGUCGUAUAGAUCUUGGACGCAUUUAUUACCUUUAGGACAAUAGACCCGUGGGCGGGUGUUUUUUUUCCCCCAGUCCUAGUGUGGGCGUAUGAUUACAUCCCAAUGAUAUAUUUAUUGGGGACAGUAGUAAACGGAAAUGGACAGAGGCAUUUCAGCUGACCUUGACCUAGAAAGCAAAGCAUGGGUCUUCAGAUGGCUCAACCCCUUUUUUCUCUUUUAAGCGAGAAAACCAAUGGGUGAAACGUAUAAUAAUAUUGAUGCUAUUAUUUAAACAUUGUUUUUAACUUAGACUCAUUCUAUACGAUUUAAAUUAAAGCACCGAGGAGUAAAGAACACACUACUUUAUUCCCGACACUGGCGUACGAAGGGGGGGGGGGGGGGUGGUACGCCCUGGUCGGCACUUUUAAAAAAAAAAUUCUCAACAUCCAGUUUUUUUAUUUGUUUUUUUUUUAUUUUGGGGGGGGGAUGGGCGGUAAAAUAUUGUCCCGCCCCGGAUGGAAAUAAGCUUAGCUACGCCACUGACUCUCGGUACUUUAGAGACUUACAUAGUAACAUUUAAGAACUCUUGGGUGACUAAUAAAUGACCUGUUGUUGUUUUUUUCCCCAAUCCACCUAAGACAAAUACAAAUUCUUUCCCACCAUUUUAGCAAUAACUUUCCAGUGUACGUGACGCAUGUACUUACAGUGCACUUUAAUACUUGUAGGAAGUAAUUCAGUAUCCACAACCACACCCCCCCCGCCCCCCAACUCCUCCUUAACAACUUAACAAACAAAUUUUUUUAAAGAAAUUACUCGUGAAGGACAAUUUUCUUAAUAAACCAGAUCAGAGCGGAAUUGUUAAACUUUUCAUCUUAACUCCCCCCCCCUCCCCACCUGGCCUCGCCCAACCCCCACCACCAACCUAAACCAAAAAUGUGCUUCCUACCGUUCUAUAUCUAUUUUAAGUCUAUUAUGACUUGGUUAUAAGGUCAAGAGACCUGAGCUUCAGAUCAUGAAAGUGACCGUAAAAGUUGCACGGACUCAUUGAGCGACUUCUCUUAUUUGUCAAUGAUUUCAAUGUGUGUGUAAAGGUUAUAUCUACAACACCUAAUGUUAGUCAGGCUCGUAUCGAUCGAUGGCUUUAACACGUAGCCUAUAUGAUGUAGGUAUUGGGGAUGACUCACUCCCAUAUGACACACACGAGUGAAAGGGCGUUGAUAGACUGUAUUGAUAACAUACCCUCUCUCUUUUUUUUUGUGUAUCAUUGUUAACGGACUAACAUGAAAAUUUAAUUAUUUUAGUUAUUGAUUUAUUUUAUAAUUAUUUUUUCUUUGGGUGGAGGAUGAGAGAUAAUAUCGUUAUUAUAUUGCUAAGUUAAAAAAAAUGAAUGCUUUAUAUAAAAUAUAAUGACUUUCUUUUGUUUAGCAAUGAUUAAACGAUUGUGUGACACUGCUGCUAUUGUCAUUAUGAUUAUUUCAUUUCCUAAGACGCCACACACAUUAUUUGCACGGAAGUAUGGUUUUAAUUUUAUUAUUUUUUUUUUUUUUGUUUUUUUUAAUUUUUUGCUGAUACAACCUAUACAGAAUAUGUAUGAAAUAUCAGAACUGAUCUAUUAUUUACGUUUUGAAAACACGAGACUUCCCCCCCCCCCAAAACCCCAAAGGCAUUCUUUCGCUAUACAAAACACAAUAAGUGGGGUGGGGGGGGGGAGUAGCGACACAACAAAAAAGAAACAUGACUUGUUAUCAUAAAUUUAACUUAAAUGAACACUAUAUUUUUUUUUAAACUCUCUGAGUCAACUGCGUUGAUUUAAGAACGCUAGCUCUGUAUUUGGAUCAAAUGCUUUAUUACGUCGUAAAAAAGUGUUAGAGCGUAGGUCUUAACUUUUUUUUCUUUCAGCAUCACAUCCCCACCCCCUUUUACUGAUUUUAAAACAUUGCCCUCCCCCAAUUGCCCCCUCCCCCUAUUUCGAUUCAAACCAUGGUUCCCGCACCCCUAAUGAUAUAUAAGUCUUUUCUGGGGCGUCCUGCACCCUGGACAAUACCGCCCGCAUUCACCGGGGGUUGAGGGCGCCCACCCCUGGUUUGAGACCCCAAAAGCCAGUGAUUCAUCCACCAUGCACCCGGUGGCAUUGGCGAGGUCGUGACGUUCGAACCGCUGGAUGAAUCAUCGACGGAAUCAGAUGACUGGUUACCGUUUCAAUGGUCGACAAUGAACAUCCGUCAUUACAACAGGGUAUUACAACUGAGAUGUUUUAAGACUCUCGUCUGAAAUCCCGCGUCAGUCUCACAGAUUCCAAACCUUUUUCCAAAGUUUUUACAGAAAAGAUACAAAAUUUAUUGGACUUUUUAAAAAAUCUUUCGGCCAAAAGUCUCUUUGACUAUUAACCAAUCACUGGUUAAGGGUUAAAAAAAACAAAAAAUGGAACUCAUUUAAAAAAAAAGGUGGGGAAAACGCGGGGGGGGGGGAAGGGGGGUUAGAAAAACUAAUAUACAUUUAAUGUGGACGCACACAUAAUCAGUCAUCUAGUGAAGCAACUGGUACGGGUCCUACUGUUUCGUGUAUGCAUCACGUCUUUUAUAACAUUGUCUAAAAAAUAAUUUUACAGUGCAUGAGUUGUUCUCUUCGUUUUAAUUGUAUUUAUAUGUUUAAACAUGUGUUUUUUCUUUUCUUUGAAUGACUAUUUAUCUUUUGAAAUGAUUGACAUUGAUCAAUAUUUUAAACGGAUGAGCAUUUUUUUUUCUUUCUUUUUACUAUUUUUAUUUUAAUCUUAACAUUUAUUUGUUAAAUUCGAACAGGUGCUAUUUAAAUAUGCUGAACUGUAUUUAUGAUAUAUUUAUAAUAACAUUGUUAAAAGUUAACAGCCUGACAGGUUAAAAUAAAACAUCUUUUUUUUUUUUUGAGGCGAUGUAGCUCAAACAAUAAAGGGGUUAAACUAAAAUAAAACUCAAUAACACAGAGCUCUAGUGUAAAGUGAGACCAUUGGUAGAAUGUUUUUUUUUAAAAAAAUCGUUUACAGUAUGUAUACACAAAAAGAAAGUGCAAGUAAGAAGGACGUAUCAACCACAGAUAACACUACUUUUGAAUACGUGAAAUAAUAUAUUAUACAUACAGUUCAGGGAUUUUAGUGGCCACUUGAAAGUGUGGAAAUGAAAGUUAAUCUACAUCGUACACUCAGGAGUUUGAUUUAGUGAAGCCCACUAGGUCAUUUAAUGCAUAUGAUCAAGCUGUUCUAGGUUUUAAACCUUGUUAAACUAAUUGCUAAAGACAUAUAUAUAUGUAUAUGAUAUAGAUAUAAAUAUAUGUAAUUUCAUGGUGUCUGUAAUCAAGCUAUUCUAAGUCUGACAUCUCUUGUUUUAACUUCCAGAAAUCAAUGGUCAGGAUUACACACCUCUAAUUGACACAAAGGACGAGGAGACCUCACGUGACGAUGUAAGUGUCAAUUAAAAUUAAAACUCAUUGUUAAUACAAUGGUGUCUUUUUUUUAAAUUUAAUCUUUUUUUCUUUUUAAAGAAAUACAUUUUCAUCUUUUCAAACCGUGAAAUCAAAAAUUAAAAAAAAAAUAUUUGUUAUUUAGUAUAUAACAACAAAAAAAAAAAGAUACAAACUUUUUUCAAAUUGUGCAUAGGCCUUGCACAAGUGACAGUCUGGAGUGUGUUCACGUAAGCUUUCUAGUCACUUACACCCUGUCUCAAAUUAAGGUAAUAAAACGUCUAAUGAGACUUCGUAGUAGUUCUGGUGUGUGAUUAGCUUCAUGCAGAUAUUGGGAGGGGCUUGUGUCUUAAGACAUCUCUACGACCGUCGCUGAUCAGAGGCAAUGGGUCGAAAGAGUUUAGAUUCUUUCUUAUUCUUGUCUCGACAUGGGACUGGCUUUGAAAAAAACAAAAAUAUAAACCCUAAUGGUAAGCAUAAUGAUUUAAUUAAAUUAAUGAAGGCGAAAAAAAAAUGAAUUAAAGAAAAUAAUGAAUGGAAAUCUUGUCGGUUUAUAAUUUCGCCAAUUGAUGUAUGUGCUGGAUGACGAAGCGGUCUAAUCUGAGUCAAUGACGAGGUCUUCUUCUUCUUCUUCUAUAUCUUAAGGGCCCACGAUCAAUUUAUUGAUCAUUUUGGCUCCUAUGCAUGUAGAUGGGAUUUGCAAUGUUUCUGUUACUGGUGGUGAUGAGGAAAUUAUGCACAAGGGGUUUGAAGGCUUGAGGCAAUAGACACAAAUGUGUCUAGUGUUGUCGCCUCAACUGUUCCUUUUGAAAGAUGGUUCCAGUCCCUGAUUGUCUUGGGCAGGAAUGAGCAGCUCCUAUACUGGCUUCUUGCUGGUAUGAGCCUGAAUUGCCUGUCAUGGCCUCGUCGCUGUCUAUGGGGGAGAGGGACGAGUUUCUGUUUAAUACUGGAACAGUGGACCAGCCCAUUAUUUAUCUUGUACAUCAUGGAGAGCCUGGAUUGUCGUCGUCGUUUCUCCAAUGGUGACCAGCCUAGUGUUUCUAGCAUGCUGCCAACACUAGAGGUAUUCCUGUAGCGGUUUAGGACAAAGCGUGCUGCUCGUCGCUGGACAGCCUCCAACCUGUCAAUGCUCUUCUGGGCAAAUGGGUCCCAGACUGAAGAUGCAUAAUCUAAAAUCGGACGGAGUUCAGACCCCAAGCAAAAAGUAGACCAGUGAAAACACCACCAGCACUCCGGGAGGAAGGGACCCGUUAACCGUGGAUGGCCACUCCUCUAAGAGGAAAAAUCUGAAUUCAAACCCGGAGAUGGAGUCGUUUAGGCGGUAUGGCAUUGACACAAUGAAAAUUCUGGCAACUCCUGCGACGCUACUGGUGCCAAGCUGUAUCAUCCACGCAUGAUGUUCCCCCCUGGGUUGUCCAGGUGCGCGGAGAAAGGCGAUUAGCUGUCGAGGGAACCAGCUUACCUUCCUAGAGGGACAAAAAAAAAUAAAAAAUCCAGGCCUUGUGAUUUCGGACUGCGAAGUCUACACCAGUGUGACGGACGGAUGCCAGAAGAUCAAAGAAUAAACCCCACCCCCACACCCCUCCCCCACACCUCACACCCCAGCUCACUCAUUUUCACGGUCAAAGCUGAUUGAAAUGUCACCCUUAUCAACAACAGAUGUCACAAACUCCAAUCAUGAAUUUAGAAGUUGUGUAAUCAUUUCCAGGGGUUUUUGAGGCAGUAUUAGAUAAGUGGUUUUAUCGAAGUUGGAAAUACCUAUCAAAACAAGAUGAAGAUGCCUUCAAGAAACUUCUUAACGAAUUAGGUGUAUGUCUCUCCUAAACAUUCAAACAAUUCCAACGUUAAACAUCCCAUUCAAUAACAUACACAUAUCAAGAUUUGUGUGUGUGUGGGGGGGGGGAUUGUGGUUCUUAAAAAAAUAAAUAACCAAUCUACUUGUAUGGAUUUGUUCGACUGCAGUGACAGCUGGGCUUUAGCCAAUGGCACGCCACGGUCCAAGCUGUAUGUAGGGCUUAAUGUUUUAAUGUGUUGUUAAUAAUGGCUUGGUUGAUAGAGAGAAGGCCGAGCUCCUGUUGUUCCUAUUACAAAUCUUAACAAGCAGUAGUGUUAUUGUAUUCCGAAUCCAUUUUUUUUUUGUGUGUGGCCAUUUUGUGGGAUUUAAGAAUUGUUCAUUAACCCAAAAUACAGUGGUUCUAAACUUCUAUAAUAAAUAUUACUUUUCUUUUUUAAUUAAUAGGCAAACACCAGAAAAUAAUUCAGAGAAAAAACCAAUAAUAACAUUAUCUUUAAUGCUAAUUUAAUUGAUGUAUUUAUAUAUAUAUAUAUAUAUUUAAAAAUAAGAAUAUAUUUUAAAAAAAUAUAAUUUAAAACACACACAUACACAAUUAAAAUGUAAAUACCCCAAAGAAGCAUUGCAUUUAUAAACUUAAUAAUAGAUCAACAUUUUCACACAAAAAUCUUUCCAAAGAAAAUGUGUUACUUUAUUCAAAUUAUAUAAUAACAAAUCUUAAGGCCAUUCAUCCCUGACGAGAGACUUAAGAGUCAAACCAAAUCUGGGCAUAAAAUAGUUUUGGGUGCAGCUUAAGACUGAUUUGAGUUCAAGAAAUAGGACCCGGGGGGGGGGGAGGAGGGGGGGGGGGGUAAUAUGAGUACAUUAAGAAUUAUGUACAAUUAAGGGUUAAGUUCGAACGAGUGAGAAGAAAAAUUUGAGAAGAGAGCACAGAGGGAGAGAAGUGCAUUCAAAGAGGGAAACAGAAACGUCCCGCUUCAAGUAUCGAGUUUGCUCUGACAGGGUUUAAAAACAUAUGUAUACUGAUUUUAAGCCAAUGACGUUGGAACGGUGGGGCGCAGGGGUCGGUCCGCCCUGGGUGGCACUUUUUCAAACUUAUAUAUUAAGGGGCGUUAUUUUUGGCCAGCUGCAGAGUUUUCUCGAUGUGGUGGCCAACAAAAAUUAUGGUCACGCCAAUUGCGGCUCUAACCCUAAUCCUAACCCUAGCCCUAACCCUAACCCUAGUCCUAACCCUAGUCCUAACCCUAGCCCUAGCCCUAGCCCUAACCCUAACCAUAACCCUAACCCUAGCCCUAACCCUAACUAGCUAUCAUUGUUGUUGUUGUUUUUAAAGGUGAUUAUUGAAACUACGUUGGAGAAAUCAAUUCAGGAUGAGAUAGACGAACAGCCUGAGGAACAGCCCGAGGAACAGCACGAGGAACAGCCUGAGGUCUAUGAUGGCGAUGAUGAGAAGACUGAUGGACGCGACCAGCUGGAAGAUAUGCAGGUGAGUGGGGUCUAUCUUUAUUUGGCCAAGCUUAAAGAUUAGACAUGAUUCAUAUUGUAAUAUAUUGAAACGCAAUUUAGAGCUUUUUGCUAAACUUUAAAACUAAUGGCAACACAAGUCAUUUUUAAUUUUUUAAAUUUUUACACUUACCAUCGCACAGAAUUUGCCUUCGGAGGGAGCGCCCCUGACUAAGAAAUCCGAGAAGUCGCCGCUGAUCAGUUCCGACUUGAAGGUCAAAGGUGGCAAGGACGGCAAGUUCAGUGACCACCAGCCUGGCUUCUUGUGCUGUACUAUUCUGUAG